CUCAUGAUAUACAUCACAAUAAUUGUCACCGAGUUAGUAUGCUUUUAAAGAGGCAGGCGUUGUAGGUUCUGUUCUUUAGAAAGUAUGCUUCAGAUGAGCAAGGAUCCUGUCUGUUUUGCUUAUUGAGCAGUUCCUAAGCACUCAGAAUCAUAAACAGUAAUGUAUUCAUGAAUGAAUGAAAUGGAUCCGUUGGCUUUGAAAUGCCUUGGCUCACAGAUUUCUCUGAACCUUUGGAACAAUCAUUGGUCAGAAGGAAAACAAAAGAGGGAGUUGAGCCAGCAAGGAAGCUUGAAGCGGUUCAUGUACCCACGGGAAGAUGGGGCAACUCUUAACAGAAUGUAUGGCCCUUCUGAUUCAGCGAUUUUAGUACCUACUGCUGUAAUUAUUGACAUGAGUCCUUCCUUUUUCACAUUUUACUUUGAUUAGUUGUGAAGUGUGGGAGGGAGGGACAGACUUUUGCAGGGUUAUUGCUUGGUUCAGAGUUGAGCCGAAAUAGCUGUGUCAUAACUUUGUCCUCUCUUGGUUGUUAGCAGAACUCCGGAAGUCUUAAUUAGAAAAGCUGAAAAGAUAAGAGUCUUGUGGGUAGAGAGGGUUUAAGCAUAGCUUACACCUUUAUCUUUCCAGCCUCAAGAUUUAGGACUAUUAUUUCUGACAAACAGAAUCCCUCAGUGGAGAAGUUAUGUAUGGGAAAAAAAUUUUUUUUUCAAAAUUGGGGUAGGAGAAACAAGAAAUAGAAAAAAAAAUGCUGAAGAUAGGCACUAGGCAAGUAAAAAUGAUAUGCAAUAUAUAUACAAGUAUAUAUGUAGUAUAUAUAUUUGUUUAAUAUAUGUAAAAUACAAUAAACAAUCACGUGUCCACUUAAAAAGCAUACCAACUUCCAUAUGUAAGACAAAUGAGGUUUUAAUUUUUCCUCUUAGAGUUCUUUUAAAAUAACAAAUUGUCCUAAUAGGGCAAGUGUAUAAUAGGAACCAUUGUAAAAAAUGUGUAUAUCCAAGUUAUGAGGACCUAUAUCUCACGUAAAAUAAAGUCACUACAAUAAAGUGGCUACAAUAAAGCUUCUAAAGGCUCAGUUGGCUAUUACUUUGUUUUAUAGACAAAAGUAAGUCUGGGAAAUAAUUUAUAUCCUUUCCGCCCCCCUCUUGUACCGCCAAAUUGGGAGUUUGGCUACCAAUCUAAAAAGUUAGUGGAUCAUCAGAGUUCUUAACACUGUUCAGUCAAACUGCAUAAUUAUUGAGCAAAUAAAUUGGAGUCCUUCACAUUUAUCUUUGCUGUGUGACCGUUGCCACUUUUCUUUCACAUGAUUUUAACGUUUGAACUUUGACUUUCGUCUGUAUUCAGAUAAGCAUACUUGAUGUGAUCAGCACUGGGCUGUAUGGGCCACAGAAGAUCAUGUCUGCCCUUGUACAACUUAAAAUCUUAAAAGACAUUCAGUCAAGUUAUUAAUCAUCCCAAGCAGGGUGUCUGAUACCUUUGACUUCUAGUACCUUCGCUCCGCGCCAGUGACCUUCACUUCUGUAUUUUAACAUUAUUCCAAACUUGCCACGUUAGAAAUCUUAAGUGUAUAUAUCCUGUUCUCUGACCACAGCUUCUCUCCUCUCCUUCCAGCUUUGUCACACCCACACUGUAUACUAAAGUGUCCUUCCUCUUCGCAGAGACCGCUUGCCAGCCUCUUCGUUCCGCCCCACCUCCCGUACCCCGUUGUAUUAACAUCUGUUGGCCUGGAGGUCUUCUCUGUCCAGUUCGGAGUCCCUUGUUAAGUACCUGGAAUAUGCUUCCAAUGCCGCCUUUGCCUCUCUUGAACUUGUUUGUGUGCUGUGCCUGCCAGAUCAUGUCCCAGUUCCAUUAACUCUGCCUUCUCUCCCUGAGUUGCUCUGGUAACACCAAUGAAAGGCCAGGCUCUCCAUGCAGGUGACCGGCUCUCGGACAACCCCUCCCCCCCACUCCCCCCAGUCAGUUGUGUUUAUUUGGCACCGACUGAGUUCUCUGACACUGAGCUAAGAAUGUUCCCUCGUCGUCGCUUACCUUCCAGAGGAGAUGCACAUUCAUCAAGUGAUGGCACUCGCUGCGGUAACAAAGUACGCUAAGCGCUUUGGAGGAGGAGUGUAGGGCUAUGUUGUCCAAUACUGUGGUCACUAGCACGUGUGGCCAGUCUAAAUGGAGAUUUGCUGUGUGAAGCACGCACCAGAUUCUGAAGAUUUAGCCUCCGCUUAAGGUGAAAUCUCUCUAGUUUUUAUAUUGCUUACAUGUUGAGAUAAGGUGAUAAUAUUCUGGGUAUAUUGGGUUAACUAGAAUAUUAAAAAUAAUUCAUUCACUUGUUCUUUUUUUCUUUCUUUUUUUUUUAAUGUGGCUACAAGAACAUUUAAAAUGACCCGUGUGGCUCACACCCUGUUUCUGUCGGGUAGCUCUGCUGUAAGGUGUCGUCUGGGGAUAAAAUGAGGGGAACCAGGCUCUGGGGAGCUCGAUGUUCCAGAAACAGUCCCCGAGGAAUUCGUCUCUGAACAGAUACCUAGCUGAGUAGGUGUUACACAGAAAAACCCGGGUUUGAGCCAGAUACACCUGACGCGGAAGUCGGACGUACGAAGAUACAGAGACCGCUUUGGUUGACUCACAAUGGGAACGACAAGUGAGGAGCUGGUGUCCGUGGAGCAGACCUCUUCGUCCUCCUUCAACCCUCUGUGUUUCGAAUGCGGCCAACAGCACUGGACACGAGAGAACCACCUGUACAAUUACCAGAACGAGGUGGACGACGACCUCGUCUGCCAUAUCUGCCUCCAGCCUCUGCUGCAGCCACUGGACACCCCCUGUGGACACACGUUCUGCUGCAAGUGCCUCCGAAACUUCUUACAGGAGAAGGAUUUCUGUCCGCUGGACCGGAAACGGCUGCACUUCAAGUCGUGUAAGAAGUCUAGUAUUCUGGUUCACAAGCUUCUGGACAAGUUGCUAGUGCUGUGUCCGUUUUCUUCAGUGUGCCAAGAUGUGAUGCAGCGCUGUGAUCUGGAGGCACACCUUAAAAACAGAUGUCCUGGAGCUGCUCAUCGGAGACUUGCCCUAGAGAGGAGGAAAACUGGUAGAACUCAGACAGAGACUGAGAGUGAGAACGGACCCACUACAAUAGGCCCUCCAGGUACUUUAUCCCCCGAGGCGGACUGCUCAGGGUCGGGCCCGGCGCCUACCGAACGGAACUGGAUGCCGGCGUCCCUUCCCUCGUGGACCGAGGAGCCUGGCCUGGACAACCCCGCCUUCGAGGAGAAUGCGGCUGCUGACACUUUACAACAACCACUUAGUUUACCGGAAGGCGAAAUUACCACGAUUGAAAUUCACCGAUCUCAUCCUUAUAUUCAGUUAGGAAUGAGCAUUGUGGGUGGCAAUGAAACCCCGCUGAUUAACAUUGUCAUCCAGGAAGUCUACCGGGACGGGAUAAUCGCCAGAGACGGGAGACUCCUUGCUGGAGACCAGAUUCUUCAGGUCAACAACUGUAACAUCAGCAAUGUAUCCCACAACUAUGCCAGAGCCGUCCUCUCCCAGCCCUGCAGCACCCUGCAACUCACCGUGCUGCGAGAGAGGCGCUUUGGGAACCGAACACACAGCCACUCUGACGGUAGCUCUCCGCGGGAAGAGGUCUUCCCCGUGGUCCUUCACAAACGGGACUCUGGUGAGCAGCUCGGCAUUAAACUCGUACGAAGGACGGAUGAGCCAGGCGUGUUUAUUCUUGACCUGUUGGAGGGGGGGCUGGCCGCGCAGGACGGAAGGCUGAGCAGCAGCGACCGAGUGCUUGCCAUCAACGGACAUGACCUGAAGCACGGGACCCCCGAGCUUGCCGCCCAGAUCAUUCAGGCUAGUGGAGAGAGGGUGGAUUUAACAAUUGCUAGACCAGGGAAAUCCCAGCCUGGUAAUCCUGUCCGAGACGCAGGAGCUCAGAGUAGCAGCCAGCAUCAUGCACAGCCGCUGUACCACAACAGACCCAGCUCACAUAAGGAUCUUGCCCAGUGUGUUACAUGCCAAGAAAAACACAUCACUGUAAAGAAGGAACCCCACGAGUCCCUUGGGAUGACAGUAGCUGGAGGCAGAGGAAGUAAGAGUGGCGAACUGCCCAUCUUUGUGACCAGUGUGCCACCUCAUGGCUGCCUUGCACGUGAUGGCCGAAUCAAGAGAGGUGAUAUAUUGCUGAAUAUCAAUGGCAUUGAUCUGACCAAUCUAAGUCACAGUGAGGCUGUGGCCAUGCUGAAAGCCAGUGCUGCGUCCUCUGCUGUUGUCCUGAAAGCGCUUGAGGUCCAGGUUGUUGAGGAGGCAACCCAGACCACGGAAGAGCAGCUGAGCACCUUCAGCGAGAAUGAGUAUGACGCCAAUUGGUCCCCGUCAUGGGUCAUGUGGCUUGGGCUUCCAAGUGCCCUUCACAGCUGCCAUGACAUAGUUUUACGAAGAAGCUACUUGGGAAGCUGGGGCUUUAGUAUCGUUGGUGGAUAUGAAGAGAACCACACCAACCAGCCUUUCUUCAUUAAAACCAUUGUCUUGGGAACUCCUGCUUAUUAUGAUGGAAGAUUAAAAUGUGGAGAUAUGAUCGUGGCGGUCAACGGCCUGUCGACUGUGGGCAUGAGCCAUUCUGCGCUAGUUCCCAUGUUGAAGGAGCAGAGGAACAAAGUCACUCUGACAGUUAUCUGCUGGCCUGGCAGCCUGGUGUAGGUUCCGAAAUCGGUUCCGAGUCAGGCCCCUUCCUUGUUUGGGCUUUGUUCACUAGCCCUUGUAACAAGUUCCUGUGCUUAGAAUUCAGACCCUCCGUCGUCAGAAUGUGACCUAACAUGACCGAUGAAGUCUUCCCAAACUGUGACCCGGCCAGCUGCAUCGGAGGACUGGUGGUAGUUCCUUGGGUCCACGCGCCCCAAGACUGGGAUCAGGGAAGCCAGUGGCAGUAGCAUUUGCUGGGCUGUAGCCAUGGUGCCACAAACGGAUCCCUGGAGAUGGUACCCCUCCCCCAUUUUUUUCCCUUCGGUGCCAACAUUUCAAAACUUCCUACCGUUUAUAAAGUGAUUUUUCUGACGUAUUUUACUUCUACUUUAAUCUCUUAGUACUCAUAGAUGAUGAAGACAGAAGUCUGACGCUACUGAAGAGCUUUCUACAAGAUAAUGUACCAAUAAUUAGAAUGCUAGAUAAUAAAAGAUCACGUUUUCCAGGGACACAGGAGGUUGGGAGGUUAAUUACAGUUCCGUGCUGGAGACAGUAAAAGCAGCACUUACUUAAAGAAGUCCAAAGGCAUUCAAGAUUCAUCUCCAAAGGAAUGUUUUGUUAUGCAGGAAAAUUCUGGAGGAGCGUUUUUUGCUGAAAUUCAUUUUCUAGCGUUUGUAUUGUACUUGUCAGCAAUCUUGACUGGACAUGCUUUCUGUGAUUGAUGCAGUUAAAGUAGAUAAAGAUAAAACCGUAUUGCUAUUCAAUACGCAUUCAUAUAUAUCACAACUCAGUGUAGAAGGUACCCUAGCUUUAUUUCAUUCUGAGACGAGCCUUGAGUGUUUUAGAAACCCUUAUUUUUUCCCUCCAUUAUUUCUCGUGAACUUAACCAUUUCAAGAAAAAGCCUGAAAAGUCCUGGAUUUUUAUCGAAAAUAGUAGGUUUUAGAUGCUUAUUAUCUUUCAGUGAGUCCUUGAUCACUAGGCUAUCUCUUGUUUUUCCUAAAUGUUUCUGAAAACUACGACCAGCCCGUUUUGUUCGUCCUUCACUCCACGUGGUUGUCCUUUGGAAGAACUCAUAAAGAAGCGAGUAAGAUAAGAAAUAUCUUUACCUUGCUAAUAUUAUGCAUACUUGAAAAAAGUUUCACUUAGGAACCUAGUUCAGAAUCUGAGCUCAUUUACAAGUGACCUCUGUAAUAAAUGGUAUUGUUUAUCAGAGAAUGUAUUUCGAAAAUACUACAGUAUAUUAUGAGCAUGACCACUUGAUUUUCAAGCUAGCAGUUGCAUUGCUAGGGCUUUAUUGUGGCUGUAGCAUGUCCCUGGUUAUUCCUGGUAGCUUUUUAGUGAUUUUUUUAAACCGAUCUCUUGGAUAAAUAAGAAAUGGCAACAAUAAUUGCUACCGAUUCGUUCAGCCCCUUAGCUACACUGUGUAUGGUCAACAUAUAACCAAGAUACAGUGGAAUGCUCCAUACAGUAUAUUACUGUUAUGUGAUGAUUGGCUUUUGAAGCAAUUUGGUAUUGACGUGCUUUGAUAUUCUAAUCGACAUGGAACAGGUCUGUUUGUUGGGUUUUUUUUCCUGCUCCCCAGAUAGAAUUUUAUAUCCUACUUGGCUAUUUUUUUAAACAUUUUGUAAGAAUGCAUCAUUUCUUGGGGAGCGACCAUCCAUCAACAAAUAUCCUAAUGGCUACUUUGUUAUACAUAAAAUACUUACCUUGAACCUGGGGGUAUGAUGAGUAUUUUGGAAGAAGGCACUUUUUUUCAACGUUAUUUUUUAUCACGGAAAUCUCGGCCUCGGCUGAAGCCAAUUUGGUUUGAUUACAAAACGCGAUGGCUUUUGGUCAGAAUGAUAUUUGGUGAUGGAAACUUGUUCGUAAUUUAUUGUUACUGUUGAGAUAUUUGAAUUUUCUCAUUUUAAGCGUAAAUAGUUCAAAUAUUUUGAUUUGUUCUGUGCCUUCGGUUUAAAUUAUUUCAGGAUUUCUCAAACGUGUUUAAUGGUGUGAUAAUCAUCCAGGAUGGAAAUAAAAGUCAUCCUUUCCAUGACA